AUGUCGCUCACAGCGAACACCGAGGAUGGGCUGCACAAGGACGAUGCUGGUAGUCGUCGGGAGAAGCCCUGGCUGUUUCCAUCGAACCGCAAGCUCCGGCAUCUACAAGGUGUCUCAAUCCGUAAUCUCGUCAUCACGCCUCCCCUGAGCAGAGCUCGCGGGAAGACAAUUGACGAUGAAGAGAUCCCGAACUCCCUACAGUCGCCGUCUAAGAUUCUCGCGCAAAGCGCAAUCCGACCCUUGCAUAUAUCGCGCUCAUUCACCAACCUCCCAUCAGUGCCAAUCACAAAUGGAGACAACCCUGAUACUAACGAGCAUCAACCUGGAUCGCGAUUACGGAGGAGAAGUACGCUGCCAUGGAACGAUCCGAAUCCGCGAACGAGACAGGUCAAAUUGGAGGAUAUCACAAAGAUCCGGAUGGCGGACACUUGGUUCUCGAUCCAUUGCGACGGUAUCGAUACGCCUAUUUAUGUGAGCGAGGUUGUGGAGAAUGCCACCAACCCAAGCUUCAGAGCCUUCGAUCUGAACAUGUGUGGGCCGGAAGUAUCCCGAUCAGAUCGCCUCACCUUGAAGCUCUGGGCGAAAUCAGCAAGCAUGGAGGAGUAUGUGCUGCUGAUGGAGCUUCAGCUGCAUCUGCAAUCGUUACAAUUCUUAGGAAAGUCGCUGGAUAGCUUUCAUCAGCCCUUGCCCCCAAACUCCGUGCUAUUCCAUCUUGUCGAUGGGGUGUAUACAAACUUGACGGAUAUUCCGGCCGUAUAUAAUCCAGUGCUUCCUGGAUUGGCAAAGCCGCAAGGGACUACCUUGCCAACAUCAUCCUACGAUGCACUCAUGCGGCUAGCGAAUUUGGACGAGUGUAUCCAAGACGCUCUUGCGACAAGAGAGAAGCUCGAGUCACAGAUCAGUGCAAUUCUGGAAAAGAACCAGCAUGCUUUGAAUGUGACCAGCGAUGCCUCGCGCGCUCAGGAUCGGCUUGCGCUGACCAAGCAUGCCGUUGCGGCUGAAAGAAAGCAGCUCCGCUUGACAACCAAGCGCAAAGAAGAACUAAUCGCCAGCAUAAAUGCCCGAAAAGAAGCCAUGGCGCGCGGACGGGAUAGCCAAGAAAAGGCCCGCGAUCAUCUCCCCGACGCCCAGCAGAAACUGGUGUCUAGCACGAGACUGUUGGACAAAAAUACGGAAGAGGUCAAGGGUCAAAUACGGCGCAUUUGCGAAGAUUUGCUUGCAAUAUAUCCGAUUGAACCAAUUCCGGACAAGCCGCUAGCAUUCACAAUUGCCGGUCUUGCUCUUCCUAACUCGAGCUUUGACGAUAUUGAUCGGGACGCGGUCGCGGCUGCACUUGGGUACACGGCACAUCUGGUGUACCUACUCUCAUUCUACCUGUCGGUUCCCAUACCGUACCCCAUCAAUCCGAACCUCUCGAACUCUAUCAUUCAAGAUCCCGUCUCAGCCUCCCUGCCACAACGAACCUAUCCUCUGUACCCGGUCAAUGUCCAAUAUCGGUUUGAGUAUGGAGUGUUCUUGCUCAAUAAGGACAUCGAGUUUCUCCUCAAUAAGCAAGGCCUGCGUGUUCUGGAUAUCCGACAUACCCUCCCCAACCUGAAAUACCUUCUUUACGUCCUCACGGCAGGAACCUCUGAGAUCCCUGCACGGAAAGCGGGUGGUAUCCGGGGCCUGUUUCCGGGACGGUUGACCCCUAGUCUGUCAAGACGAGGUAGUGAAGACAGUGUCGGUUAUAACGAAUCAAUCUUACCACGCCGAGACAUGAAACUGACCUCGAAACUGAAUGGGGACCUUGUGUCUCGCAAGGGCCAAUCGUCGGGGCAGACCUUUCGCGACACCGCGGCGACCCCCCAAGUGGCUUAG